CACUAUAAAAAAAAAGUGUGCCAUGCAUGGGGAAGGGGGGGAUCACCAUGGAAAGAGGAGAGAGGAGAGGAAACCCUCUGCUGGAAUGGAGUAAUGGAGAAGAAAGCUUCUGCCAUGGCUUCUCACCGUCUCAGCUCGAAGCUCUGUCCGCCAUUUGCAGAGCCAUUCUCCGUCCUGUUGCUUUGGAGUCCUUGAAACUUAAUAUGAAGUUGAAGAUUCUACGCAAUGACGCCCUCCUUCGUUUCUUCGAGUCCUCUUGCCCUCAGGUUAGAGCUGAUGAGGUGGCUGAGCUGCUGGUGACAAAAGCAAUGCCAGUUGCAGUCAAAGUGGUGAGAGUAGUUACAUACAGAUUGGGAACUUUGCUGCUAUGUGGGUUUCUCUCUCUUGACCAGAAAUGGCCUUUCCUUCUCACAUUCGCCGAGAGCUCACUCGACAAGACGGAAAAGAUCUUGCAGAGAUGGAGCAGGCAGAGGUUUAACCCUCUCGCGAGACUCGCUUUUAUAAUGAUUAAAGCCUUCUUCUUGUUCUACUACUUCACCCGGACAGAUGAAAAUACAGGAAACCCGACAUGGGAUGCGAUCGGGUACUACGUGACCAACAAGGCUACCAGUCAGGAAAAGAGACAAGAGGAUAGACCUCUUCUGAAUGAAGGGAUAAUAGAGACCGAGAAGGAGAAUGACAGGACACUUAAGCAACGUCUGAUAAGCAAAGGUCUUAGAGUAACAGAGGAUAGGCAAAGCAACACUUACAAGAUCGAGUGUGAUGCCGUGGUCAUGGGUAUGGGCUGUGGUGGAGCGGUUGCAGCCACGAAUCUCGCGAGGUCAGGUCUGAGGGUGGUGGUUCUCGAGAAAGGUAAUUACUCUGUGCCUCGCGACUACUCAUCUCUCGAGGGCCCCUCCAUGUUCGAGCUGAUCGAGUCGAACGGGUUCAUGAUGACACAGGACAGGAGGUUCCAGCUCUUGGCCGGAUCAACCGUGGGUGACGGUUCGGCAAUAAACUGGUCAGCGUCCAUUAAAACUCAUGAACCAAUCAUCAAAGAGUGGUCUGUGGACAGAAAGAUUGCAAUAUUCUCCAGCGAGGAGUACGAGAUGGCCAUGGAUAAAGUCUGCAAGAGGAUCGGUGUGACUGAGAGGCUGACCGGAGAAGAGUUUCAGAAUCAGAUACUGCGAAAAGGGGGCAAGAAGCUUGGCUUGGAUGUUGAAACGGUGGCAAGGAACUAUUCAUCAUGGAAACAUGAAUGUGGAUCUUGUGCCUUUGGAUGCACAACUGGAGACAAGAACUCAACAGACAGAACAUGGCUGAUUGACGCAGUCAACUACAAUGCCGUGAUACUAACACAGCGCAUGGCUGAGAAGUUGAUCUUGGAGGGCAACAGUGUCGAGCAAAGAUGGGAAAGAGGCCGAUGAAAGAGAUGCUUGGAAGUGAGAACCUUUUUUUUUUUUUUAUCAAAAGAAACCGAAAGGAGGCUUCAAAUCAACGCCAAAGUCACGGUCUUGGCUUGCGGGUCGCUUAAUACACCUUAUAUGUUGCUUUUGAGCUGGUUGAAGAAUCCAAAUAUCGGUCGAAACCUCCAUCUUCACCCGAUUCUAAUGGCAUGGGGCUACUUCCCAGAAGAAACGAAAUUCAGAGGAAGAGCACACGAGGGAGAGAUAAUCACUUCAAUGCACAUAGUGGUUCCAGAUGAAUCUGCAGCACCAAAGGCCAUGCUUCAGACACCUGCUUUAGCGCCAGCCCCAGGCAUGUUUGCAGCUCUACUGCCAUGGGUUUAAGGUUCAGACAUGAAGGAGAGAAUGGCCAAGUAUGCAAGAACAUCUCAUAUCUUUGCACUGGUCAGAGAUGAGAGCUCUGGAGAGGUGAAGCUGAAAGACAUUAUCAACUACAAACUGAUCAAGACCGAUCAGGAGAAUCUAGCUCUUGCCGUAAAAUGGGCACAGAGGACCUUGGUUGCGGCAGGAGCUGAGGAGGUGGGCACAUACAGUUCAGAGGGGUAGAGACUAAGAUGCAAAGGGAUCCACGAGGAAGAUCGAGAGAAGUUCUUACGAACGGUAAGCGUAGCGGGUGGACCCGUCUCGACGAGCAAGAACUGGUGCCGUUCCAUCUCGGCAUCUCAGAUGGGAAGUUGCCGGAUGGGAAACACAGAGAAGGAGGGGACAGUGGACGGAUAUGGCGAGAGCUGGGAAGCAGAAAGCCUGUAAGUGUGUGAUUCAAGCGUUCUGCCUACAGCUCUCGGCGAUAAUCCAAUGGUCACCAUUCAGUCUACCUCUUACUGCAUAUCCAGCAGAAUAGCCAAUGUGAAAAAAUGAAAUAAAAGCAGCAGCAAGCCAUGGAGAUAUAUGUACAUAAGCAGAUGUAUGGUGAAGAC